AUGGCUCAAGCCGGAACGCUGGCGGUGUUUGAUAAAAGACAGGAAGACUGCCACUCUCAGGACCGGCGUAACAGAAUGAAGCUUUUUCGUGACUGCAACGUCCCAAUCAUCUUGCCAAGUCGAAACGAUAUAUCGUCGCGUGAGAGCCAGAAGGAUGUCCUGUUGUACACCAUUCUUGUGUCAACAAGCAGUCCCACUUCGCUAGAUGCGAUUCUUGUGUCAACAAGCAGUCCCACUUCGCUAGAUGCGAUUCUUAUGUCAACAAGCAGUCCCACUUCGCUAGAUGCGAUUCUUAUGUCAACAAGCAGUCCCACUUCGCUAGAUGCGAUUCUUGUGUCAACAAGCAGUCCCACUUCGCUAGAUGCGAUUCUUGUGUCAACAAGCAGUCCCACUUCGCUAGAUGCGAUUCUUAUGUCAACAAGCAGUCCCACUUCGCUAGAUGCGAUUCUUGUGUCAACAAGCAGUCCCACUUCGCUAGACACCAUUCAUGUGUCAACAAGCAGUCCCACUUCGUUAGAUGCGAUUCUUGUGUCAACAAGCAGUCCCACUUCGCUAGAUGCGAUUCUUGUGUCAACAAGCAGUCCCACUUCGCUAGGUGCGAUUCUUGUGUCAACAAGCAGUCCCACUUCGCUAGAUGCGAUUCUUGUGUCAACAAGCAGUCCCACUUCGCUAGGUGCGAUUCUUGUGUCAACAAGCAGUCCCACUUCGCUAGAUGCGAUUCUUGUGUCAACAAGCAGUCCCACUUCGCUAGACACCAUUCAUGUGUCAACAAGCAGUCCCACUUCGUUAGAUGCGAUUCUUGUGUCAACAAGCAGUCCCACUUCGCUAGAUGCGAUUCUUGUGUCAACAAGCAGUCCCACUUCGCUAGAUGCGAUUCUUGUGUCAACAAGCAGUCCCACUUCGCUAGAUGCGUUUCUUGUGUCAACAAGCAGUCCCACUUCGCUAGACACCAUUCUUGUGUCAACAAGCAGUCCCACUUCGCUAGAUGCGAUUCUUGUGUCAACAAGCAGUCCCACUUCGCUAGAUGCGAUUCUUGUGUCAACAAGCAGUCCCACUUCGCUAGACACCAUUCUUGUGUCAACAAGCAGUCCCACUUCGCUAGAUGCGAUUCUUGUGUCAACAAGCAGUCCCACUUCGCUAGAUGCGAUUGUUGUGUCAACAAGCAGUCCCACUUCGCUAGGUGCGAUUCUUGUGUCAACAAGCAGUCCCACUUCGCUAGAUGCGAUUCUUGUGUCAACAAGCAGUCCCACUUCGCUAGACACCAUUCUUGUGUCAACAAGCAGUCCCACUUCGCUAGAUGCGAUUCUUGUGUCAACAAGCAGUCCCACUUCGCUAGACACCAUUCUUGUGUCAACAAGCAGUCCCACUUCGCUAGAUGCGAUUGUUGUGUCAACAAGCAGUCCCACUUCGCUAGAUGCGAUUGUUGUGUCAACAAGCAGUCCCGCUUCGCUAGGUGCGAUUCUUGUGUCAACAAGCAGUCCCACUUCGCUAGAUGCGAUUCUUGUGUCAACAAGCAGUCCCACUUCGCAAGAUGCGAUUCUUGUGUCAACAAGCAGUCCCACUUCGCUAGAUGCGAUUUUUCAUUGUACGAUCAGGAUGUACGAGUAUGGAAACAGUUGUUAG